AAUUUCUAGUAAACUUUUAGGCCCUCAUCAAAAUUAUCAGUUAAUUUAAAAAUGUACAACAACUACGACGUUUGCCCGCAGUUGCCAUGGAUGGUGGAUUUUCACGCCACAGACCCAAGCAAGCAUAAAAACCAACUUGCAGCGGCAUUCGCACCUAAAGCCCUACAACAUUUAGCGCUACUGGACUGCCAAGCCAAACCCUCGAAGUUUAAGGCCACCAAAAUAUUGGCCACCAUAACCAACGUAGCACAGUGUAAUACGAUAGAGUCCCUGUGCCAAAGCGGUUUGUCCGGUGUGAGAAUGGUGUUUGAGAAGUUUGAAACUUGGAAAGAGAAGAGGUUGGCUGAAGAGAUGGUGUCCAAAGUGAAGGUUGUGAAUGAAAAUUACAGCAAAAAAAUUGGACGUGUUAAUCCGCUAGUUGUGAUGAUGGAUAUACCCUGCCCAAAAAUCCACAUCGGUACCAAAAGAGAGGAGUUCAAAAGAGAUGCACUAAUAGAGAAAAUGUGUACUACCAUACUGAAAAAUGAUCCUGGAAAUCAUAAAAAAUAUUCAAUCGUUUCCAACCGUACAACCGACGAGAAGUUGGCCAGUUCUGUAGAACCGGAAUAUCAGGUGAAAUUCGAUGAUAGAUUGGUGCCAUAUUCAACCAUCAAAAUAGUAGAAAGCGUGGUUGAUUGUAUAGUCCAAGACGCUGCAGAUAUAUUUUUAGAAGAACCCACAAAUGUACCUGACCAAGAAAUGAACGAGUUCACCGUAGAGGGUGAACAAAUGAUCAAAUUCGCCUCAAAAAACAAUAUAGAUGUCGUUAUUUUAUCCAAAGUUCAAACCAAAAGAAAUGUGACGAACACGAAAAAGCUGUUGCAUUGUAAUAAAGCCGAGCACAUUUUGAUUAUACCGAAAAUCGACAACGCUAUUGCAUUGGACAAUUUCGAUGAAAUUCUCGAAGAAUCAGACGGUAUUUGCUUAGAUUGCGGUCAGCUUAUGCUGGAGAUUCCACGCGAGAAAGUAUUUCUGGCACAAAAAUCCAUCGUCGCCAAAUGCCAAAAUAAAAGGGGUAAGGUUGUAAUUGUCACCACUGAAGUGGUUGACCAUAAAUCGUUCAGCAAAAGUGAAAUAUGUGAUCUAGCCAAUUCCAUUAUAGAGGCGAUCGAUGGUUUACUAUUAUCAGACGAAGCAACGACUGUUAAUAGCAUUAAAAACCUCACCAAACUAUGUAAAGAGGCUGAGCCCGCCAUAUACCACAAACAGUUGUUCAAUGAUCUAACAGACGAGCUUUCUCUGGUGGAGCCAAUCUACUCCCUCGUAAUGUCCACUGUGAAUUUAUCUUUAAAAUGUAACGCUUCCGCAAUCAUUCUUACAACCUCCUCAGGAAGGACUGCCAAGUUACUAUCAAUGUUUAGACCACGCUGCCCAAUCGUAGCAAUAACCAGGCACAGAAGAGUUUGCAGACAACUGCAACUCUUCAGAAGCGUACAUCCAGUUCUAUAUACCAAACAAUACCAAGGAGAUUGGCUGGCGGAAAUCGACGAUAGACUUCAGCUUGGUGUCACCUACGGGAAAUUAAAUCGGUUUAUUUAUGGCGAAGACGUCGUUGUGACUGUAUCUCCAGUGAGACCAGAUUCUGGGUUCACCAAUAACGUUAGAGUUUUUUUUGCUUCCUACUUCGAUGACUCCAACAGAGUAUCAAAAGGAAGUCUAUAUUCUAUUAAACGUUAAUGUUAUGUUGUUGAUGUUUUGUUUAAUAUUUGUACAGUUUGUUAUUAAUAAAAGUAAACGAG